AUUUCAAGAUGCUUAUGUAGAGGAAGCUGAAAUGAUGAAUCAACUCAAUUUCACCUCAACUACACAAAUCUAUAAAUUUGUUUUUCAGUGAGCUUUUAAAUGAUUCUAGAUGAAUUGGUAAAAUUCAUAUGAUUUUUGUUAAACCAAAUCUAGAAUCUCAUUUAAAAUCAUAAGAUUUGUUUUUUUUUUUCAAACUACAAACUCUAUCCUUACAUUUUAAAUUCACUAGAAAAUCUCUAUAAUUUAUAACUUAGAAUAUUUUCAAUUAUAGUAGAUUUCAUAGUAUUUAUGAUAUAUUAAAAUUAAUUUUAAAAAAAACUAAUAAACUUUAAAAAUUUUAUAUUUUAGUAACAGUAUAUUUGUUAUUUUAAUAUAAAUUGUCUCAAACUCUCGGUUGAAUACACCGUAGCGAAUAAGAAGAUAGAAUGAGAAAUUGUCCAAAAAAAAGUUUCAAAAAAAGAAAAAAGAAGACAGAAGGAGAAAAUAAAUAUGUUAAACAGUCCACUGUUUUUUCAUAUGUUAAUAGUGAUGCAACAUCAUUGGGCCGUUUUAAUCGAAGUGUAUUACACUUCUCUCUUAAACAUCCUUUUGUGUGUGCUUAGAAACUGACCCGAUCUAAACUGUCUUUUUCUCUUUUGUAAACUGACCCGAUCCAAGACCUCAAAUUCAGUUAAUCUGAAGUUAUUUAGACUUUCAGUGACAACCUUCACUUUGGCCAACCACGAAAGUCGUCAUCCACAUUUUAUGUUGUUUGCAUGUGUUGUAAGUUGUAACUUACUAAAGAUGUGUCCACAAAAUAUUUAACAAGUAUGAAAAAAAAAGAAGGAAACUGGAGUCCAACUUAUCUGCAGCAUCAAUAGCUUAAUACACCUCCUAACCUUUAAAAAAAAAUUAACCUCCUAACUGAUGUCAAGUGAAAAGUCAUCCACAAACACAACAUAUUCUGAUAAAAUAAAACAAUGGCAACUCAUAUUAAACUGAAUAGAAUAUGAUAUAGCCAUCGUUAUAUAACAAUAUCAAGUAUUUAUAAAAUAUAAAUAGAAAAGGUAAAAUAAAAAGAAAUUACAAAAAGAAAGGAGUUAAUGUGGCAAAUUUUUUUUCUAAAACAAAAAAAAUCUCGAAAUGUAUGAGAGAAAAUAUAGCAAGCAUUACCAUUUUACCAUAAGACUGUUAUAUUUUUUAUUUUGACUUUUUCCAUGAGACUGUCUUUAGGUUUAAGACACAACUCAGUAGCGACAUUUAUUACGCUUUUCACUGCAAAAUCUAACACGCACUCUCCUUGUGGUCCCCCACCACAUCUCUUAAACGUCCACACCUAACCUAACCAUGGUUAAAACAUCAACCUUUCCAUUGAGAUUUAAAUAUCCUCAAAUUCAACCCGUAUUUUAUUUAAUUUCCUUCCUUAUUAUUAAAAUUAUGUAAGCCUUUAAGGGAUACGUCGUAAGAGAAAAUAAAACUCAUUAAUUUAUUAUUUGUCCUUUUUAAUUUCUUUAUUUGCUUCAGCAACAUUCGUCACUCUCUUCAUGUCAUUUUCUUAUUUUCCUGCAAGAUUUUAUAUUAAAAAACGAAUAAAGCUGAGUAAAAAUUAUAAUAUAAUAAUAAAUCUCCAAAAGCUCAAGAGCCUUUUUUUUACUUAUCUUUUCUUCUCCACUCUUUCAAGAACUCAUAUUCCAUACUCCAUAGCCUCUCAGGUCUCCAGCUUAAAAUCUAAACCCUAAGUUUCUUUCUUUCUUUUUUUUUUCUCAUUUUCGUGGAACAUUAUUAAUGUUUUGAGCUGUUAUGGAUAUGGCGACUCAUACAACAAUAACAUCUCCUCCUAAAUCACCUGAACCAGAACCCGAAACUCCGAACCGGAUCCAACCGGCCAAACCCAUUUCCUUCAGCAACGGCAUCAUCAAACGCCACCACCAUCCUACUCUCCUCUUCACUUACAAAGAAUGUCUCAAAAACCACGCGGCAGCUUUAGGUAGCCACGCGCUAGACGGUUGCGGCGAAUUCAUGCCGUCUCCGUCGUUAGUCUCCACCGAUCCAACUUCUCUCAAAUGCGCAGCUUGUGGUUGCCACCGUAACUUCCACCGCCGUGAACCAGGCAACGACUCCUCAAUCCGUCCACCUCCUUCCUCAGUCGCCGCCACAAUUGAGUAUCAGCCUCACCACCGUCACCAUCCACCACCACCACCACAAUUACCUCCUCCUCGCAGCCCUAACUCCUCUUCUCCGCCGCCGAUUUCCUCAUCUUACAUGCUCUUAUCUCUCUCCGGGACUAACAACAACAACAACUUAGCUUUCUCCGGCAACAACCACCACCACCAAACCGGAUCUCGUAAGCGGUUCCGAACGAAGUUCAGCCAGUUUCAGAAAGAGAAGAUGCACGAGUUCGCCGACCGAGUCGGGUGGAAGAUGCAGAAACGCGACGAAGACGAUGUUCGAGAAUUCUGCCGGCAGAUCGGAGUUGACAAAAGCGUUCUCAAAGUCUGGAUGCACAACAACAAAAACAACUUCAACCGCCGCGAUAUCCAGUUCUCCGUCGCCGCCGCCGGAGCCACCGAGAUCCACAAAACAGAUAACGGCGGUGGAGGAAUCCACGCUCCGAUUCCCGCCGGUGAAACUAACAAUAACGGAUGCAACGAGCUUCACCACAGUGUUAGUAACGGCGGAGGAGGGUUUGAUAGUGAUAGUGGUGGCGGUGGAGGAGCUCACGGCGGUGACGUAAACGGGUCGUCGUCGUCGUGAAGUAAAGAUCAGAGUCAGAUUCAAUAAAGAAGCUGUAGCUUUAGACUAAGCCACUCGUAUUAUCAUCGUUAAUAACUUCUAUUAUUAAUUUUAAUUAAAAACCUUAAGCUGUGUUUGGUUUGUAGUUUAAUUUUUAGUUUUAAUUAAAUUUACUUUACCACGACGUUGUCUCGCUUGAUGAGGAAUAAUAGCAUUGAGAAUUAAUUCUAACUAAA